UACUCUUGACACUUACAGUGUCUUGAAUACUAAACCAAAGAAAUUUGGAUUAUCCUGGCUUCCUCCCCUCUCCUCCCUGAUUUUGUACUGUUAGUAGCAGAAUGUAUCGAACGGCGGCGAAGCGGUUGUUCUUGCGUGCAAGGUACUAUAAUGGCAACGUUGCGCUCCGAUUACGUCCUCAGCCUCAGAUGUUGAUACCUUCUUCUCGCUUUUCCACGUUCCUGACUCAUCCACUUCACACUCGACACUAUAUCGAUCCUUGCUUUCCCAUCACCCUCUCUCAAAACCCUAACUAUUCUUCAUCUUCCUCUACCUCCACCGAUGAGGAUACCGGACCCAACUACGAGGACCAACAAGCUCGCGUGCUUCAGGCCUCGCUCCCUUACGUCAUACAGCGGGGAUGGACCGACAAUGCGCUAAUUGCAGGGGCAAGGGAUGUUGGUCUUUCCCCUUCCAUAAUUGGAUCUUUCUCCAGGAAGGAAGCAGCUCUGGUUGAGUAUUUCAUGGAUGACUGCUUACAGAGACUCGUUGAUAAAAUUGACUCAGACGAGAGUUUAAAAAAUUUGACACCAAGUGACUGUAUUACUAAGCUUAUCAGAUUUCGUUUAGAAAUGCAAGUUCCAUAUAUAUCAACAUGGCCUGAAGCUCUUGGCAUCCAGGCACAGCCUGUAAAUGUUCCUACAAGUUUUAAGCAGAGGGCAGUGCUUGUGGAUGAGAUCUGGCAUGCUGCUGGUGAUAAUGCCUCUGACAUUGAUUGGUAUGCCAAGCGCACUAUCCUCGGAGGAAUAUACUCAACAACUGAGAUUUAUAUGCUGUCAGAUAAAUCUCCUGAUUUCCGCGAUACAGGGGCUUUCUUGGAUGCUCGAGUGAGAGAUGCCUUUGAUUUAAAGAAAACCUUUCAAGAGGCACAGUAUUUGGCAGAAGCUGUUGGUACCGGCCUGGCAGAAGCUGUCGGGAAAGUUUUCCGGAGAUGAGUCGUGGUGGGAAGAUUUGCUGGUGGCAGGCACUUGUCUCUUGGUUUUAUGUUGUGUUGCAACUUUCAAACAAUGUUUCUUCGAGACAUUGAUUUGUUACAUGUAGUGAUUUAGUUACAUUUCAUUUUACUUCAAAUUAGUUAUCUUCCAUUUACUUCAAAUUUAGUCCGUUUUGGGCGGCUUGAGUUGCAGGGUCAUGAGUGCAGAAUGAUGUUAAACUUGUAAAUAAUUCCAUUAUCAUUUCAUAAUACAAAGAAUUUGCUCUUUUUCCUCUCACCAAA